AUGUCACAAUCACAAAUAUUCGGAGUGCCGUCCUCUGUCAUGUCGUCAAAGCGUUCAUUGAGACGUAACUCAGCACCCAGUAUGGACGAUUCCUAUUUCAGCCCUAGCAGUAUGAGCAGCAGUAUGAGCAGCAGUGGCAGCAGCAACAUGUUUUCGUCCAUGGAGAGCUCUUUUGAACUGCAAAAGAGCCCGAUCCCAUCGCCAUCCACAUCCACCAACAAUGCUGCCAGAACUCAUCAACACCGUUUGAACGCAGCUCAAGAGCAAAGAACGUACCGUGAUAGCUGCCAGCGUCUGAUUAGUCAUAUCCAUUCUGUGGUUGGCAUUUGCGAGGACUUGAAGGCUGCUAACAAGGACAAAUUUCCCAUCUUUUAUCCUAUGCAACAAAAGCCCACCAUCACUCGUUCGCAGACACUCGACACUAGCUCAUCUCAAAUCCUGGACGCUGUGCGUCGUUCCUCUGUAACACAAACAGACUCUUUAGCACAACAACUUGAACACCAUCGCUUAUUGCCUCAUGAACUCAACAUCCUCUCGUUGGACUUGAAGAUGGGUCACUCCUCCACCGACCUCAGUUCACUGGAGUCCAAAUCCAUUGCCAAUUUGCUGACUGACCGUUUGGAUCAAAGCUUGAACCAUCUUGGUAAACUGCAAGCUCGUAUUGCCGAUACGUCUUCCAAGGUUCUAGUUACUGGUGAUUUGAACUCUGGUAAAUCCACCUUUGUCAAUGCCUUGUUGAAGAGAGAGAUUCUGCCUGCCGAUCAACAACCCUGCACAAGCGUCUUUUGCGAGGUCUUGGAUGCCAUGCUGAACGACGGUUUGGAACAAGUGCAUGCUAUCCCCAUUGUAGAGGCUUACAACCGCCUUGAUCCCAACACGUAUCAUGUCAUUGAAAUGCGCCAUCUCUACAAGGUCAUUACGGAAGAUUAUGAGCACUACAAAAUGCUCAAGAUUUACGCCAAUGAUGCUAGAACUACGCAAGAAUCUUUGCUUCACAACGGUGUAGUGGACAUUGCUCUUAUCGACUCCCCUGGUUUGAAUACAGAUUCAGUCAAGACAACCGCCGUCUUUGCUCGCCAAGAAGAAAUUGAUGUUGUUGUCUUUGUCGUUAGUGCUGAAAAUCACUUUACACUCUCUGGUAAAGAAUUCUUAUGGAAUGCAGCGAAUGAAAAGACCCACAUCUUCAUUGUUGUCAAUCGCUUUGACUCGAUCAGAGACAAGGAUCGUUGCAAGCGCUUAAUUUUGGAACAGAUUCGUCAGCUUUCACCCGCCACCUAUGCAGAUGCAGAUGAUUUAGUCCACUUUGUCAGUGCUGGAAACGUCGAUUUGGAACCUGGGUCUCGCAAGUUGGAUGCUCCAGAUUUCGCUCGCUUAGAACAACGUCUGCGUGCCUUUGUAUUAGAGAACCGUACAAAGUCCAAAUUAUUGCCUGCAAAGAACUAUCUCAUCAACUUGCUCAAGGACAUCAACGUCUUGUCAGAAGCCAAUGAAAAGAAAUCGUCAGAUGCUUAUGCCAAGGCCACCAUGGAGCUGGAGCAAGACCUUCCUGCUUACCAACACUUGUUGCGUGUGCGUGAUCGCUUGUUGGAGCAAGUCGAAAAGGUCGCUGAGCAAGCUGUCACUUCUGUUCAGAUGCAUGCUCAAAACAGAUUGAAUCAAGCUGUGGAACAUGUCGGUCAAGCUAUCGGCACCAUUGAGUACCCUGGUAUCUUGUUGAUCUGGCAAUACGCUCAAGACAUUGCUGACUCCAUGGUUCAAAAGUUGCUGAAUGAAGUGCGCCAAGAGGAACAACAUGCCCGUCAAGACACCGCCGUCUGUUUGGAACGCUUGCAUAGCAUGGGUACCGAGCAUUUGGGCACCUAUGAUAUGGCUGCUGAUGUCAACAAGAUGUGUGUCAAGAACAGAGAGCGCAGAGUAUCCAUUACUGUCGAAACCACUGAUUUCUUUGAUUUGGUGCUGGAUGACAAAUUGUCAGGUGCUGCCUUGUCCUUUGGCGCAGCUGCCAUGGUGGGUGGUCGCAUGCUUGGAUUCAAGGAUGCUGUCUCUAGCAUCUGGAGUGUUUCCAACAUGAUGGGCAACAACAACAAUUUGCGUCGUUGGAUUGUUCCUGUUGUAGGUGUUGCGAGUGUCGGUUUCUUGGUCUAUGUGGUGAGCGACAUGCGCAGUGCAGUCGAACGCAAGUUGGUCAAGAAGUUUAAGCAAGCUGUCCGUGAUACAGGCUACGUUGAAGGUCAAGGCCACCGCAUUGCUCGUGAGAGCCGCAAGGUACUGCGUGUGGAGGGUUGGGAGAUCCAAAAUAGAAUCCAAAAGGCCAUUGAAAACAAGGAGCAGAAGCGCAAUGAAACCGAGCAAGUUGCCUUUGUGUCCAAGGAAACAGCUGAAUACUUUGCCUCCAUCUUGUCCAAAUCUGGCUUGCUAUUAGAAAAAGUUGAAAUGGUUCAAACCGAUCCUCAUUUGAUUGUUAAAGAAGAUGCUUAA